CACAUCUGUAAAAAGUAAACUAUGGUUUUGCAUCGUUCAUACAUCAAAAAUAAUCUUUGUUACACUCCAGAAUAUUUAAAAAUGUGCACUAAUAAUUGUUUAUUUUAGGCGAUAUUUUUUUUUGAAUACACUUUCAGUUCAUUAUCAUCAUUAUGGGAUGUUGUUGUAGUUUAUUCAAUAAGGAUAAUGGCCCACAGGGUGGUGAGGCAAAUGAAAGAACUCAUUUACUGGUGGAUCCUGUGAGCAAUAACACGAAUAUUCCACGAGUUCAUAGUGAUGAUUAUGUCAAUCAGUACGCAAACUCUCUUCCAAAAAAAACAGAUGAACAAAGUGCUCUUACUCGAAUAUUACAUGAAACUGCAGCAAAUGUGAUUGACGUGGGAGCAUUAGACUCACAUAACUUAGAACAACAUGAAUACAUGGAUCGAUCUAGAGCGUACGCAAAAAGAAUUAAAUCUGUAGAAUUCAAAAUCCCAGAGAUGUCAAGUUGUUUACUCAAUGAUAUACCUGCACCAGAAAAGAUUCUAGCAUCAGAGCCAAUUGCCCCUGAAGAUGAAGAGCUGAUCGUGAAUUUUCUCAAAAAGGCUGUCGAUGCAUUAAAUGACAUUAAAGUUGAACACAAAGAAGACUUAGUUGUUUCUUUCCUAUCGUGAUCAUUGUUUAGGAAUCUCUUUUAAGUACACCUAAUACUAAUAACGAACCGUUAAUAACACAAAUUAUUUAACCUUAUUAAUUUUUUAUUUUUAAUAAAUAUGUCACUUUCAAAUAAUUAUUAAAUUACUCCAAUUUAUUGAAACAAAUAAUAUUGUAUCAUAAAAGGAUGGUAUUAGUAAAAAUUGUAUCAGCAUAUAAUGUUAAUUCUUAUGAAAAGUAUUUCAAUGUCCAGCCAGCAUAAUUCAACAAGUGACAAAAAAUCUGGACUAAAAUUGGAAAUAUAUUUAUUGUAAGUUUUUAUAUCAAAAAAUAAGCAGUAACGAAGAUGAUUCCUUUUGUAUGUUAAAUAUCCAAAGGAUCCAUAUGUAAUAAAAUUUGUGAUAAAUUUAGAUUUAUUAAAACAUUAUGUUUACGAACUAAAAUAAUUGGUCACUUUUUACAAUUUUGUGUUGAUUAUGAUUAUACGAAAGAUUUACUAUUGGACUUUUAAUACAAUUUAUAUAUGAUAUAAAAAAAACAAGCGAUGA